AUGUCGCCUUCGAAUACCCUCAAAGGUGAUGAUGAUACCAUCCCGAGGGGAACUGAGAUGGAAGCCGAUGAGAUCGAGCUUGCGAGAAUGGGGUAUAAGCAAGAAUUGAACCGUGAAUUGAGCUUAUUACAGAACUUCGGCGUGUCAUUCUCGAUUAUCAGUGUCAUCACAGGCAUACCGUCAUUAUUUUUAUAUGGACUGAAUACGGGAGGGCCUGCUGUCAUGGUCUGGGGCUGGGUGGUCGUAUCUUGUGCAACCAUGUUGGUUGGGUUAGCCAUGGCCGAGGUUUGCAGUGCGCACCCGACUUCCGGCGGUCCCUAUUUCUGGGCGGCGAUGUUGUCAAAGCCAGAGCAAGCCGCUUUCGCCUCGUGGGUCACUGGAUGGUUCAACCUUCUUGGUCAAGUCGCCGUGACCACAGGUAUCAGCUUCGCAUGUGCCACAUUCAUAUCAACUGCUUCCGAAUUGAAAACGAGCUUCCAACCUAACGAGAAGACAACGAUUGGUAUUUACGCUGCUGUAUUGAUCACUCAAGGCAUCAUCAACACCUUUGGUGUGCGACUGCUGAAGUAUCUGAAUAAUAUCUCGGUGUGGUGGCACGCGAUUGGGACAUUCUCACUUGUGGUAGCUAUUUUGGCGAAGGCGCCUUCUCACCGGUCAGCCGAGUUCGUUUUCAGGACGAUCAUAGAUGGAACUGGCGCAGAUGGCGUUGGGUGGGGCGAACGGGCAAGCAAGGCCUACUUGGUUGUCAUCGGAAUUCUUAUGGCGCAGUAUACACUCACCGGUUUCGACGCAAGCGCCCAUAUGACCGAAGAAACCCAGAACGCCGCGAUGUCGGGGUCUAUCGGCAUCGUAAUGGCAAUUGGAGUGUCCGCUCUGCUAGGGUGGUUCCUCCUUCUGGGUCUUCUAUUCUCUAUACAAGAUCUCGACGGAACGCUCAACUCAGCAACGGGCCAGCCGGUAGCCCAGAUUUUCUUGGAUACAGUUGGUGAAAACGGAGCCAUCGUUCUCAUGGUCAUCGUGAUCGGUGCUAUGUUUUUCUGUGGGACCUUCUCAAUCACAUCAAACUCACGGAUGAUGUACGCAUUCGCUCGUGACGGAGGUAUUCCCGGACACGGCUUCUUUAGCAAGGUCAACACUCGAUGGAAGUCUCCCAUUCGCGCCGUCUGGAUGGCAUGUACACUCAGCUUUAUCCUAGGUCUACCCAGCCUCGGCAGUUCUGUCGCAUUUUCAGCAGCCACUAGUAUUGCGACAAUUGGGCUAUAUAUUUCUUAUGGGAUUCCAAUUGCCUUACGAGUCAUAUACCGCCGCGAUUUCAAGAAAGGCCCUUUCCACCUCGGGGCGUUCUCUUUGCCCGUCUCGAUUGCAGCCGUGUUGUGGAUUAUAUUCAUCUCUAUCGCCUUCAUCCUGCCCCAAGUCAACCCCGUCAACUCACAAACUCUCAACUACGCCAUUGUCGCUGUUGGCAUCGUCAUCGCGUACUGCAUGGGUUUCUGGUUUUUGAGUGCCCGCAAAUGGUUCACGGGCCCUGUGAAGCAGAUCGCCGCUGAGGAGAUGGGGAUCAAUGUGAUGGAGCCAGGAGUAGCUGAGAAGGAGCUUUGA